UAUUUUAGGAUACAGAUAAUCAACAGGAGGAUCUGUGGCGCAAUGGUAGCGCGUCUGACUCCAGAUCAGAAGGUUGCGUGUUCGAUUCACGUCAGGAAAAGAGGUUGGUAGCAUUGCGCAUAAACGAAGAUCAAAGACGGGAUAUGAUCUGUGUAUACAUACACAAAUCGAGAAAUUGACAAGAUGACUCAAGAUGCCGAAAAUGGCAUGCCAACAGAAAAUAGCACGCAAAAGAUGGUAGCGAAUGAGGUGCUUAAACACGGGAAUUCAGAAGUCGUUGCAAAGGCCUACACUUUUCACGACCUGGCCCACGCAACGGAAAACUUCAACCCCGAUUUGCUCAUUGGAAAGGGUGGCUUCGGGAGGGUCUAUAAGGGUCACCUCGGAGACAAAAACCAAGUUGUCGCGGUUAAGCAACUUGAUAUGAUCAAAGUACAAGGGAAUCGUGAGUUUUUAGCCGAAGUUUUGACAAUCGGUCGUGUUCACCACCCUAACCUAGUAAAUCUUAUCGGGUAUUGUGUGAAUGGUCAUCAAAGGUUGUUGGUCUACGAAUACAUGGCAAACGGUUCAUUAGAAGAACACCUGUUUGAUUUGGAUGAGAAGAAGACACCGCUUGAUUGGCAUACGCGGAUGAAGAUAGCUAAAGGAGUGGCUAAAGGGCUCGAAUAUCUGCAUAACAUGGCUGACCCUCCAAUCAUUUAUCGAGAUCUAAAAUCAUUAAACGUGUUACUAGACGGUGAUAUGAAUCCUAAGCUCUCAGACUAUGGGCCAAUAAAGAUUCGCCAAAAAGAAGGAGAAGAUCAUAUCUCGACUAGAGUGAUGGAGACAUACGGGUAUUCUUCUCCUGAAUAUGCUACGACUGGAGAGUUAACAACAAAGUCAAACGUAUACAGCUUCGGGGUUGUAUUCUUAGAGUUAAUCUCGGGAAGAAGAGUUGUUGAUAACAAAAGACCAACCGAAGAGCAAAAUCUCAUUAUAUGGGCAAAACCUUUGCUUAAAGAACAUGCUAAGAUUCCAAUGGUGGCUGAUCCGUUGCUAAAAGGUAAUUACCCGCUAAAGUGUUUACAUCAAGCCGUCGCAAUUGCAUCAAUGUGUUUACAAGAAGAAGCUAGCACAAGGCCGUACAUAAGCGAUGUUGUUGUGGCUCUCGAGUACCUAGCCACGGCUCAAGAUGACCAAGAACCAAGUAACGUUGAUGAGUAGUCGUUGAGAGUUGAACCAACCAUGAACGAAAUAAAUGUACAACUUUUGAUGCAUAAAGUACACGCUAGUAUAGCAUAGUUUAGCUAGUAAAAGAAAUUACCUUAUGGCCUCCCUUUGAGCAAAGAUUUGAACAUAUAAAAAGAAAGGGCAUAUAUUCUUUACAUGGUGAA